UUUUUUUCCUCCGAUGGAGCACUGCUUGUGACUGUGAGCUUUCUGAAGGUCAAACUGAAUUUCUGAACAACAGGCUAGUUUGGGGAGUAAAUUGUGGGCUUGGAGCAGGUUUGCAUCGUGCCGGGUGAGGAGCUGGGGCUGGGGAAUGGGCUGUUUCUGGAGCUGUGAGUGUGUCGGUACUCAGAGUAAUCGGACAGCCACUAAUACCUGCUGUUGCUAACAGGAGGCGAUGGGGGAAGUUUCUUCACAGAGUCCCCGUCAGGCUAGAUCUGCACCUCAGGCCUACCACUGAGUUUGUGUUUAUUGGGAAGGCCUCUGUCAAGUCCCUAAGGAAAGAGACAUGGCCAAUAACUCUUUUCGUGGGUCCAAACGUGGCCGGCAUGCUGAGGCCAACCAUGAGACCGGAUUCAGCUGCUCCCUGCAAGAGCUGCGCUCGCUCAUGGAACUAAGAGGAGCUGAAGCAAUAACUAGGAUCCAGGAUUCCUAUGGAGACAUUAAUGGACUGUGUGCCAGACUGAGGACGUCACCCAUUGAAGGUUUAGAUGGAAACUUGGAGGACAUCAAUAAAAGGAAACAGGAAUUUGGACAGAACACCAUCCCUCCUAAAAAGCCAAAAACCUUUGUGCAGUUAGUGUGGGAAGCACUGCAGGAUGUCACACUCAUCAUCUUGGAGGUGGCAGCCGUCAUUUCACUAGGCCUUUCUUUCUACCAUCCACCAGAUGCUGGGAGACAAAACUGUGGCAAAGCAGCUGGUGGUGUGGAAGAUGAGGGUGAGGCGGAGGCCGGUUGGAUCGAAGGUGCUGCCAUCCUCCUGUCUGUAGUGUGUGUGGUGUUGGUGACAGCCUUCAAUGACUGGAGCAAGGAGAAACAGUUCCGAGGCCUCCAAAAUCGCAUUGAGCAGGAGCAGAAGUUCACCGUGAUCCGAGGGGGUCAAAUGAACCAGAUCAAAAUCUCAGAGAUCGUCGUUGGAGACAUCGCACAAGUCAAAUAUGGUGAUCUCCUCCCGGCUGACGGCAUCCUGAUCCAGGGCAACGAUCUGAAGAUUGACGAGAGCUCACUGACCGGAGAGUCAGAUCAUGUCAAGAAGACUCUUGACAAAGACCCCAUGUUGCUGUCAGGUACCCAUGUGAUGGAAGGCUCUGGCAAGAUGUUAGUUACUGCUGUAGGUGUGAACUCUCAGACUGGAAUAAUUUUUACGCUGCUUGGUGCUGGUGAAGAAGGUGAUGCUGAUAGCGAAGAAAAGAAAGACAAGAAGAAAGAAGAGCUGAAAAACAAAGACAGGAAAAACAACAAAAGUAAAAAUAAGGAUGGAGGCCCUGUGGAGAUGGAGCCACUCAAUGAGGAUGGAGAGAAGAAGAAAAAAAGCCUACCAAAGAAGGAGAAAUCUGUCCUCCAGGGAAAGCUGACCAAGUUGGCUGUGCAGAUUGGCAAAGCAGGUCUGUUCAUGUCCGGUUUAACUGUCCUCAUCCUCAUCGUACGAUUUGCGAUUGACACCUUCUUGAUUCAGGGGAUCCCCUGGCAUUCUCAGUGUUUCCCCAUCUACGUACAGUUUAUGGUCAAGUUCUUCAUCAUUGGUGUGACAGUACUUGUGGUGGCUGUGCCUGAAGGUCUUCCUCUGGCUGUCACUAUCUCUCUGGCAUAUUCUGUCAAGAAAAUGAUGAAAGACAAUAACCUGGUCCGUCACCUGGAUGCCUGUGAGACCAUGGGCAAUGCCACAGCCAUAUGCUCUGAUAAGACAGGCACACUGACCAUGAACCGCAUGGCGGUGGUGCAGGCCUAUGUUGCAGGACGCUACUACAAAAAGGUGCCAGACCCGGACCUUAUCCCUGCCAAGAUCCUGGACCUGCUAGUCCUCGGCAUCGGAGUCAACUGCGCCUACACCACCAAGAUUAUGCCUCCGGAGAAGGAAGGUGGGCUGCCUCGGCAGGUGGGAAACAAGACUGAAUGUGCCUUACUGGGACUCACCCUCAACUUACGCCGAGACUACCAGACCAUCCGCAACGAAAUCCCAGAAGAGAAAUUAUUCAAGGUGUACACCUUCAAUUCUGUGAGGAAAUCUAUGAGCACUGUGCUAAAAAACCAUGAUGGCAGUUACCGAAUGUUCAGCAAGGGAGCGUCCGAGAUUCUGCUCAGGAAGUGCUGUAAAAUCUUGACGGCCAGCGGUGAGGCCAAAGUCUUCAAACCACGGGACCGCGAUGAGCUGGUGAACAAGGUAGUUGAGCCAAUGGCAUCAGAAGGACUGAGGACGAUCUGUCUCGCCUACAGAGAAUUUCCUGCUACUGAUGGGGAACCUGACUGGGACAACGAGGCCCAGAUUCUUACUGGCCUCACAUGCAUCGCUGUGGUUGGCAUUGAAGACCCAGUACGACCUGAGGUACCAGAGGCCAUCAGAAAGUGUCAGCGAGCUGGGAUCACUGUCCGUAUGGUGACUGGAGACAACAUUAAUACUGCCCGAGCCAUCGCUAUCAAGUGUGGCAUCCUUCAACCUGGAGACGACUUCCUGUGUAUGGAGGGAAAAGAGUUCAACCGACGGAUUCGCAAUGAGCUGGGAGAGAUUGAGCAGGAGCGUAUUGAUAAGAUCUGGCCCAAGCUGAGAGUACUUGCCAGAUCAUCUCCAACGGACAAACACACACUCGUAAAAGGGAUUAUUGACAGCACUGUGCUGGAGCAGAGUCAGGUUGUCGCCGUAACAGGAGAUGGAACAAAUGAUGGUCCUGCCCUCAAGAAAGCAGACGUUGGCUUUGCCAUGGGAAUCGCAGGCACAGAUGUAGCAAAGGAGGCAUCUGACAUCAUCCUGACAGACGAUAAUUUCACCAGCAUUGUUAAGGCUGUUAUGUGGGGGAGGAACGUCUAUGACAGCAUCUCUAAGUUUUUGCAGUUCCAGCUCACUGUCAACGUGGUUGCUGUCACCGUGGCCUUCACUGGAGCUUGCAUCACUCAGGACUCUCCUCUGAAAGCUGUGCAGAUGUUAUGGGUCAACCUCAUUAUGGACACCUUUGCCUCACUAGCCCUUGCCACUGAGCCACCAACUGAGGCUCUGCUGCUGAGGAACCCAUACGGCCGUAUGAAGCCACUCAUUUCCCGCACUAUGAUGAAGAACAUUCUGGGUCAUGCUGUCUACCAAUUGACCAUAAUCUUCGUCCUACUCUUCCUUGGUGAGAAGAUUUUAGACAUCGACAGUGGCAGAGACGCACCCCUCCACGCCCCGCCAUCCGAGCACUACACCAUCGUGUUCAACACAUUUGUUCUGAUGCAAAUCUUUAACGAACUCAAUGCUCGCAAGAUCCACGGAGAGAGGAACAUCUUUGAGGGUGUCUUCAAGAACCCCAUCUUCUGCACUAUCAUCCUGGGAACAUUACUCACACAGUUCAUAAUCGUGCAGUUUGGUGGUAAACCGUUUAGCUGUGUGAGUCUGAACGUGGAGCAGUGGCUGUGGUGUAUCCUAAUGGGCCUUGGCAGUCUGUUGUGGGGACAGCUGGUGUCCAGUAUCCCCACUAGCUGGCUGAAGUUCCUGAAAACAGCAGGUCAUGGCACACAGCGAGAGGAGAUCCCUGAGGAUGAACUGGAGAAUGAGCAGGAUGAGAUUGACCAUGCUGAGAUGGAGCUGAGGAGGGGCCAGGUGCUCUGGUGCCGUGGCCUCAAUCGCAUCCACACUCAGAUCCGUGUGGUGAAUGCCUUCAGAGACAGCGUGUCUCCCUACGAAGGUCUGGAAACACCUGAGUCUCGCAGUUCCAUCCACAAUUUCAUGAGCCACCCUGAGUUCCGCAUUGAGGACUCAGAAACUCAAAUCCCCCUGAUCGAUGAAAACGAGAGUGAAGACGAUCCCCCCACCAAGCGAAACUCCGUCAACAUCCCGCCGCCGCUGACUGGACUGUCUGCCCUGACUGCCCAGAUAACUGCCCCAUUCUCACCCAAUGCCAACAACAACGCAUUGGAGCGCAUCGUCCCACUGCAUAAGGACGCCUCCAGGUCUGGUCUGAUCCCACCCAACUCAGCGGGGCUGCCGCCCUGUCCGGGCAGCCCCCUGCACAGCCUAGAAACAUCCCUGUGAAGCCCCACUUUAUUCAUACAGAGAUGUGUGUUUGUAGACAGAAAGUUUAAAUUAAAUGUUUAAUGUUCUAGUAUAUUUUUAAGAAAAUGUUUUAGAGUGUUGUGUAAAACAAAUAUGUAAAACCAAAAGUUAUUAAAGUUAAAAAACACUUUCCGGAGCAGGAUGUUUGUGACGCAGUCUCACAUCAGACAGAAGAAGAAAUGUUGCUAUGUGAUGUUAAAGACAUCGUCUGCUACAGACAACAAAUGAGUAACUAUCCUUGAUGAAGAACUCACUACGUUAUGGUACCUUCCAGUUUGAAGCUUUACCUCACCCAAACUUCCUAACAGCUCCACAGGCAGCUGUCACCCUGCAGGAUACUCAGGUGCUGUCUGAAAUCAUCCAUGCUUUAAUAUUGAAGGAUCAGACAAGAAAUCAAUAAUAUUAUCCAAAUUAUAUAUUGUUACAGGGAUGCCAGAUGUCUCCUUAUUAAGCUUUCUGGAUUAGUUUCCAGAGAGGAAAGGCGCCUUUUUUUUAGUUUCUUUUCUUCUUUUUUCUUUUUUUUCAAUCAAAGUAAGACUUUAAGUCUUGCUGAAAGUCUAAUAAGUAUUGGCCAUCUACUUUGUGUUGGAUGUAGACAGCAGACUUCUGACUUUGGAAUUUAGACAGAAACACAGGAGAAUAAAAGGAAACGACCACGGUAAAUGUCAGUUUUUCAAAAAAAUGUUUUUUUGUUUUUUUUUGUCUGUGUAAUUACAAUUAAAAUGUUAAAAUAAAGUCAAAUUACAAGUUGUAAUAUUUUGAAAUAUA